GUGAAAGGGGAGCGGGAGCGCGCACGGGCCGCGGGGGCGCGCGGGCGGCCCGUGGCUGCCUCUGGGGCUCCGUGCACUGGCGCCGUCGCCGCCGCCGCCGCCGCCUCUUUUGCUCCCGCUCGGGCUCCGGCUCCCGCCCCGGUUCCGGCCCGGCUCCGGCCCCGCGCCCCCUCCUCCUGCCGGCUCGCCCGCGUCUUCGGGAGUUUGCGGUGCCUUGUUGACAUCCUGGAACUUAGAAAAAGGAAGAAAUUUGCUCUUAGAGGACAAUGCUAAGGGACGCUAUGAAAUCUUGGAGUGAUAGCCAGUCAGACCUCUACAGCAGUGACCAAGAAGAAGAGGAAGAGAUGAUUUUUGGUGAAAACGAGGAUGAUUUGGAAGAGAUGAUGGAUUUAAGUGAUCUGCCUACCUCACUUUUUGCAUGCAGUGUACAUGAAACUGUGUUUGAGGUGCAAGAGCAGAAGGAGCGAUUCGAAGCACUUUUUACAAUCUACGACGACCAAGUUACAUUUCAGUUAUUUAAGAGCUUUCGAAGAGUGAGAAUCAAUUUCAGCAAACCCGAAGCUGCAGCAAGAGCCCGUAUUGAACUUCAUGAGACAGACUUCGAUGGGAAGAAGCUGAAACUCUACUUCGCACAGGUGCAGAUGUCGAAUGAACCAGGAGACAAAGCCUAUCUGCUCCCCCCGCAGCCCGUCAAACAGUUCCUGAUCUCCCCGCCAGCCUCUCCUCCUGUGGGUUGGAAGCAGGGUGAAGACGCCAUGCCCGUCAUCAACUACGACUUACUUUGUGCCGUUUCCAAGCUGGGUCCCGGAGAGAAAUAUGAACUUCACGCAGGGACUGAGUCUACCCCGAGUGUGGUUGUGCAUGUCUGUGAAAGUGAGACGGAAGAGGAAGAAGAAACGAAAAAUCCCAAACAGAAAAUUGCCCCGACCAGGCGUCCCGAAGCCCCUUCAACGAUCCAAAGUGAACCCCCCGCUUUGGGCUGUCCACUGUGAAGGCAGCCGCUCAUGGUUUGGGUAACCAAGAGUAGAUUUCUGCACCUGCCGCUGGUGUGGGUCAGGAGGAGUGUGAAGGUGAUGGAGAUGCUGGCUUUUUAGCCACCCUGGACUGUUCUGAAAGUCCUGGACAUUAUACAUAGUGCAGCGUAAUGCAGAUCUUACUAGUGAUUGUCUUUCAUGUUCACAGUUUUAGAUGGCAUUCUAAACAGCACUUUAAGUUAAAGAAUAGCACCGCCCCCACUGUAGCGUCUUGGACAUAUUUUAAUAGUGGAAUAUUAGGAAAUUGGUUUUAUUUUUUCCAGCGAUAUUAACUUUCCUAAUAUCAUGUAGCAUGGGGUACCAAAAACUGGAACUAUAUCCACCCAGUACAGUACCAUUUUAUGGAUUUAAAAAUAUAGUCUCUAGUUUAACAGUUCAGCGUGGGUAUUUUUGUACUGGUAUACUAGCUUCUAACUAAUAUAUUGAGCAAAUGUUAAUGCUAUUCAAUAUAUACUAAUGUUUUUGCACGGCUAGAAAUCUAAUGUCUAGGAGAAUUAAUAGAAAAUGAAUCGGCCCAUUUCAAAGUACUUUUUUUUCCCAACUCUUUAGAAAGAAAUGCCAAGUUCACCUUGAUUGAUGAAAACUUUGGCAUCUUUCUAUGUGCAUAUUGUAGUUCUCUACCCUGAACAGAAAGUCUGGAGGGAAGAGAUACCCAGAACCCCCUUCCUGAUGCACACACCCUCUUCAAGGCCAGCUCCCUGGGGGCCCCUUUCAAAGCGGGACACCUUGCCAGUAGGCAUGAUUGACUGUCAUGUCAGAUGGUUAAUCUUGGAUUGCCAUUUGCAACUGUGUUCCUGUCUGGAGUAAGAACAUGUUUUCAGCCAUUCGAUGUUAGUCUAUUAACUUCUCUGCUGUUGUAUUAACCACUGGGCCUUGAGCUUGUUCGUUUGCUUCCGUGUGUUUGGUUACGUCUGUCCCAUAAUCCAGAGAAAAAGAGACAACAGAUUUCUGAAGGCGGUUUGUAAUUUGAAAACAAGACUAUAUGCUCUCAGUUUCUGGUUUCUAAGAGUUAUGGGGAGAAAAGAAACCAGCUGGCUUAUCACAUCUGCUCGUGUUCACUAAAGCACAGUGUGUCUUCUCCUUCUAGGAGGGGAAGCACCUUUGAAGUGCCUGCCAGGGGUCUCCAGAUAUUUCUGGUACCCAUUGCUGAGCAGGACCUGUUCUGAUGACAACUGGACAGAUUUCUAUGGGCUUAUGUUUCACUGCAGAUAGUUUGGUUUUAAUCUUCCAUCUGUCCCUGGUCCUUCCACAUUCUGAAAUCUUCCUAGGUAUGUGGAUACACACACACACACACACACACACACAUAUACAUACACAUAUUCAUUCACAUAUCUGCUUCAGGAAUCUGUCACUGCCAAUUUCCCAUGUGAAUUUGGUAGAAGUAUGUGACUAGUCAGCAACUUCAUGAAUUCUGAUCAGCCUUUGGUAGGUUAUUUGGCAACCACUUCGUGAAUUCACUUCAUCAAUCUGAAUUCAGGGGUGUGCCAAUGAUUGCUCUUACCCAGCAAGCACCAAGUUAGAGCUGCAAAAUGAGUCUUCUGAGUAAGGAAAUAGCAUGAGAGCAUAUUCAGACUCCUCACAGAUAGCCGUGGUCUGUCAUAAUUUUCCCGGUGACCACAAUCUAUGUAAUCACCUCUGUUGGCUUUAUUUUUCACUCCAUCUCCACCCUUACCCACCAGUUAUAACAUGUCCCAUCAGUGAGAUAGAAAGCACUUUGAAGUAUCAGUGAAGUACCAUGUACCCAUCACCCCAUCCCCUUUGGAGAACGUUAUAUGAGUUGAAAACCUUUUUUUUUAAAAGUGAAUGCUUUUUAAACAAAUUACCAGUAAAACUCUGAGAAAAGGGAGUCAGCUUGGCUUACACUUGGAAAGGGCAGAGGGCCAAGAAGCCAAAGGCUGAGUCCUGGCCCUGCCACAGAGGUCCCUUGUUUCCUCAUCUGUAAAAUGAAGAGUGCCCGACUAAAGCUCUCCAAGGCCCCUUCCAAUGCCAGCAGUCGGUCUGUCUUUUUUGUCUUUUGGGGGAGAGUAGCACACUGAUGAUUCCAGUGCAAAAUUUUCACUAGGUGAAUGUUUAAGGGAAAAUUAUCCACACCUUUCCAUUUUAAACAGUUGGAAUCACUGUGGAACCAGAUGGGUCUAGUAGCUUCUGCCUUUGGGGCAUUUAUGCAUCCUGGUCACUUAACUAUCUAGAAAAAAUGAAGAACUCUCCUAUGCAUCACUUUCUUCUUUUACCAAGUUCCUACAGUGUUUUUGCUAUUGAAAUUGUAUUGUUGUAAACCGAAUUAACAUUUGUACCCAAGUCUCAAUAACUAGAAUGACCGUGACCAUGUUUUCUCUGGCGUUCCUAACCUCUGUUUUGAGCAAGCAACUUAUAGAAUGGGGGGCGGGGAAAGUGAUUGAUUUGAAUACAAAAGCCUGAGUGGUCAAGAAGGAAGCUACCUUUUCUGCCCCUUUUGUAAAGACUCUUGUGCCUGAGGGCAAAAGCUGCCAAAGGGCUUCUAAGAAAAGGGGAAGGAAUUUGGGGUGUUGAAGGAGAAUUUUCAUAAAUCACUGCUGAGGUGUUGUAGGACCCAGAGGCUUCAUGUCCCCUUGUCCUCCAGGGACUUGCCUUUACUUCCCUGAAGGCAGGGUCAUGCCAGCUGGGCCGUGGAGGCAGAAUGCCCACAGAGCCUCCAAACAGCUGCUUAGCACCUUGGAUGCAUCUCCAGAAAGCAGGGCAUGAAAUUCCCUCAUUUACCUCAUUUACUUCCAAAGGAGUCCUUGAAAUCCCUCCCCCCCACAAAGAGCUCCACCAGAGGAAAAAAUGAAACCUAAUGUUCUUUUGACCCCUGAUCAAUGAUGAAAGCAGCAAGGACACUCUCCUGUCCCAGGAUGCAAGGACUCCUUCUGCCAUCCCAGAGAGAAGGCAGCGUGUGGGUGCAGUCUUAGCUGACAUUGGCUGUUGUGUUUGUAACUCCUGAAUGAGCUUUGAUGUUUGGUAACUAAUAACUAAUAAUUAUAACUAAUGUUAUAAUUCAGUACAGCAGAACUUAAGGGGAGUCUCUUUGAAUUUCAUCAUCUCAGGGGUCAGCCGCACCAGCAGAAUGCACUGGUCUUUUCAGAAUAGAAUUGCAGUGAGACUUUCAGGUAAAUAUUAUGCUUAAAACGUGUGUCUAAUGGGACGGACCAAGACCCCAAACCCUUUUGGAAGCCUCUCCUGGCCAUAUCCUGCAGCAGACUGGAAUUUCAGCUUCGUGCUUUGGAGGGGAACCAUGAUGUUUGACAAAGCAAGAACCAGUUUGGGAUUGAGUAUGUGACUGAGGUUGCUCCGCAUCCCUUGGCCUUUUAUUUGCCUUGUUAUAGAGUGUAGCUUUGGUCAGAAAGUGAGUCACCAGCAUAGGAAAUCUCACACAUCCCUGUGAUCUCCUGGUGCUGCUGGUGACUUGAGCUUUUCUCUUUUCUCUAGAGUUCUGCACCUUAUAUUGGGUGACGUGAAUUAAACUUCUGUGAACCAUUUCUUUCCUGCUUUGUAUAUCCUCUGGGAGCACAUUUUGCAUUUAAUUUUCUGGUACUGAAAAUCCAAAUUUAUACUGGCCACGACAAGGGAAGGGAGUGGAGAUUUGGGUAGCUAUUUGCUGCUUAUCUAGAGAAAUCCUCCCUCACUUAGUAUUCAUUGAAUGAAUAAAAAUAAGACUUCCAGAUUUGACUCAGUGUUUGCAUAUAUUAACUCAACAGCAUAAUUCCCUUUCUGCCAUGUUCGCAAAAUGAUUUAGGCACUUUCUGUAAGGAUUAUUUUGCAUAUUGAAAACAUGUUUCAGAUGCUCAGGAGACUUUGUGAUAACUGGCAUGCAUUAAAGCCACCUGAAAGACAGUAAUCACUAGAUUCGUUGACCAAAAAGGUUAAUGGUACCAAGGAAACUGCCCCCUGCUUGGGAAGCCCUUUCCUGCUGAGUCAUUUCUUGGUCCUCAGAUGGUGAAAAACACGCCCUUUCCUGACUCCCUGCUGUCUUAGGCCCCUGGAAUUUCAACUUUUCUGGGCCCACACCUUUCCUUCUGAAAUCAAAUGAGAUAAUAUUAGUAAAGCACUUAGCACGUGCCUGGCACACAGUAAGCACUAUAUAAAUGCUUAUUUCCUCCUUUACCCCCUUUCUUCAAGCAGAAUCACAUGCCCAGUGAUGUGCUCCUUGCAGGGUCAUUUCCCACCUGUACAUCCUCAUUAUGAUGAAAGGCGCCUACCUGUUCACAUGGCGGGGAGCAGGGUCUUCUCUGUUGUGUUGCUCAUUUAAAGUCCCUGCUGGCCAUGAUUUGGGAAGAGACAAGGGGUAGAUAAAGGCAGUCACCUCGUCCUUAUUGUGCCAUAUGAUUUCUCUAUUACUCUUCUUGCAGUUCUCCCAAACCAGAAAGAGCAUUUAUGGGAUGCACUGAUGUCCAUCUCCCCUGCUCAUGCUGUCCUGAGAUGGUCCCUGUAACAAGAGAGGUCUCUUUAGACUGUUUUGCCCAACUCCCAAUUCCCCCCUUCCACAUGACUGCUCCAAUUGAGUCAUUGUUUUCCCUGAUUGUGGCUUUGAGCUUGUGUUCUGUCUUGAGGCCCUCCCUCCCUCCCUUUGGGGUCGGGGGAGGUCUGUCGUAUGCCAUUGGGUUUUUAAAAGACCAGUCAGUGAUGUCUGUACACGUCGUCCACCUAUUCGUGUCCUAGAGGCGAUGAUCGUAAAUGUAGUCAGUCUUGUGUGUUCUCAGCCUCUAUUGAGCAUACUGUGCAGCAAGGACAGUUAUGUACCUUGUGCUGUAAAGGUAGCAAAAGCAGAAUGUAAUUCUUUUGGAAGCUUACUGAUUCCUGCUAAGAAAUUUGUGUUUUUCAAAACUGUAAGAAAUAAAGUUAAUUUUUUAAAAUAACACAA